AAGUAAAUCUUGUUGUGGAGCGGAGCCCUCAGCUGAGGGAGCGCUCUGAAAUAAUACACCAUUGCAGCCGGGGAAAGCAGAGCGGCGCAAAAGAGCUCUCACCGGGUCCGCCUGCUCCCUCUCCGCUUCGCUCCUCUUCUUUACCCUUCUCCUCUCUCCUCCUCUGCGGCUCUCUCCUCUCCUCCGCUCUUUUCUCUCCUCCUCUCCUACUCUCUCCUCUUCCCUUCGCUCCUCUUCUUUUCUUCUCCUCUUCUUCCCUCUCCUCGCCUCUCCCCUGCUCCUCUUCUCUCGUCUCCCCUCCCCGCCCGCCUCUCUCUCCCCUCUCCCUCUCCCACUCGACCCGCUCGCUCGCUCGCUGUCGCACAGACUCACCGUCUCUUGUCCAAUUAUCAUAUUCAUCACCCGCAAGAUAUCACCGUGUGUGCGCGCGCGUGUUUUCCUCUCUCUGCCGGGGAAAAAAAGAGAGAGAGAGAGAGAGAGGGAUAGAGAGAGAGAGAGGCUCGGUCCCACUGCUCCCUGCACCGCGGUCCCGGGAUUCUUGAGCUGUGCCCAGCUGACGAGCUUUUGAAGAUGGCACAAUAACCGUCCAGUGAUGCCUGACCAUGACAGCACAGCCCUCUUAAGCCGGCAAACCAAGAGGAGAAGAGUUGACAUUGGAGUGAAAAGGACGGUAGGGACAGCAUCUGCAUUUUUUGCUAAGGCAAGAGCAACGUUUUUUAGUGCCAUGAAUCCCCAAGGUUCUGAGCAGGAUGUUGAGUAUUCAGUGGUGCAGCAUGCAGAUGGGGAAAAGUCAAAUGUACUCCGCAAGCUGCUGAAGAGGGCGAACUCGUAUGAAGAUGCCAUGAUGCCUUUUCCAGGAGCAACCAUAAUUUCCCAGCUGUUGAAAAAUAACAUGAACAAAAAUGGUGGCACGGAGCCCAGUUUCCAAGCCAGCGGUCUCUCUAGUACAGGCUCCGAAGUACAUCAGGAGGAUAUAUGCAGCAACUCUUCAAGAGACAGCCCCCCAGAGUGUCUUUCCCCUUUUGGCAGGCCUACUAUGAGCCAGUUUGAUAUGGAUCGCUUAUGUGAUGAGCACCUGAGAGCAAAGCGCGCCCGGGUUGAGAAUAUAAUUCGGGGUAUGAGCCAUUCCCCCAGUGUGGCAUUAAGGGGCAAUGAAAAUGAAAGAGAGAUGGCCCCGCAGUCUGUGAGUCCCCGAGAAAGUUACAGAGAAAACAAGCGCAAGCAAAAGCUUCCCCAGCAGCAGCAACAGAGUUUCCAGCAGCUGGUUUCAGCCCGAAAAGAACAGAAGCGAGAGGAGCGCCGACAGCUGAAACAGCAGCUGGAGGACAUGCAGAAACAGCUGCGCCAGCUGCAGGAAAAGUUCUACCAAAUCUAUGACAGCACUGAUUCGGAAAAUGAUGAAGAUGGUAACCUGUCUGAAGACAGCAUGCGCUCGGAGAUCCUGGAUGCCAGGGCCCAGGACUCUGUCGGAAGGUCAGAUAAUGAGAUGUGUGAGCUAGACCCAGGACAGUUUAUUGAUCGAGCUCGAGCCCUGAUCAGAGAGCAGGAAAUGGCUGAAAACAAACCGAAGCGAGAAGGCAACAACAAAGAAAGAGACCAUGGGCCAAACUCCUUACAACCGGAAGGCAAACAUUUGGCUGAGACCUUGAAACAGGAACUGAACACUGCCAUGUCUCAAGUUGUGGACACUGUGGUCAAAGUCUUUUCGGCCAAGCCCUCCCGCCAGGUUCCUCAGGUCUUCCCACCUCUCCAGAUCCCCCAGGCCAGAUUUGCAGUCAAUGGGGAAAACCACAAUUUCCACACAGCCAACCAGCGCCUGCAGUGCUUUGGCGACGUCAUCAUUCCGAACCCCCUGGACACCUUUGGCAAUGUGCAGAUGGCCAGUUCCACUGACCAAACAGAAGCACUGCCCCUGGUUGUCCGCAAAAACUCCUCUGACCAGUCUGCCUCCGGCCCUGCCGCUGGCGGCCACCACCAGCCCCUGCACCAGUCGCCUCUCUCUGCCACUACAGGCUUCACCACGUCCACCUUCCGCCACCCCUUCCCCCUUCCCUUGAUGGCCUAUCCAUUUCAGAGCCCAUUAGGUGCUCCCUCCGGCUCCUUCUCUGGAAAAGACAGAGCCUCUCCUGAAUCCUUAGACUUAACUAGGGAUACCACGAGUCUGAGGACCAAGAUGUCAUCUCACCACCUGAGCCACCACCCUUGUUCACCAGCACACCCGCCCAGCACCGCCGAAGGGCUCUCCUUGUCGCUCAUAAAGUCCGAGUGCGGCGAUCUUCAAGAUAUGUCUGAAAUCUCACCUUAUUCGGGAAGUGCAAUGCAGGAAGGAUUGUCACCCAAUCACUUGAAAAAAGCAAAGCUCAUGUUUUUUUAUACCCGUUAUCCCAGCUCCAAUAUGCUGAAGACCUACUUCUCCGAUGUAAAGUUCAACAGAUGCAUUACCUCUCAGCUCAUCAAGUGGUUUAGCAAUUUCCGUGAGUUUUACUACAUUCAGAUGGAGAAGUACGCGCGUCAAGCCAUCAACGAUGGGGUCACCAGUACUGAAGAGCUGUCUAUAACCAGAGACUGUGAGCUGUACAGGGCUCUGAACAUGCACUACAAUAAAGCAAAUGACUUUGAGGUUCCAGAGAGAUUCCUGGAAGUUGCUCAGAUCACAUUACGGGAGUUUUUCAAUGCCAUUAUCGCAGGCAAAGAUGUUGAUCCUUCCUGGAAGAAGGCCAUAUACAAGGUCAUCUGCAAGCUGGAUAGUGAAGUCCCUGAGAUUUUCAAAUCCCCGAACUGCCUACAAGAGCUGCUUCAUGAGUAGAAAUUUCGACAACUCUAUUUGAAUGUAUGAAGAGUAGCAGUCCCCUUUGGAUGUCCAAGUUAUAUGUGUCUAGAUUUUGAUUUCAUAUAUAUGUGUAUGGGAGGCAUGGAUAUGUUAUGAAAUCAGCUGGUAAUUCCUCCUCAUCACCUUUCUCUCAUUUUCUUUUGUUUUCCAUUGCAAGGGGAUGGUCGUUUUCUUUCUGCCUUUAGUUUACUUUUGCCCAAGGCCCUUAACAUUUGGACACUUAAAAUAGGGUUAAUUUUCAGGGAAAAAGAAUGUUGGCGUGUGUAAAGUCUCUAUUAACAAUGAAGGGAAUUUGUUAACGAUGCAUCCACUUGAUUGAUGACUUAUUGCAAAUGGCGGUUGGCCGAGGAAAACCCAUGACACAGCACAACUCUACAGACAGUGAUGUGUCUCUUGUUUUUACUGCUAAGAAGGUCUGAAAAUUUAAUGAAACCACUUCAUACAUUUAAGUAUUUUGUUUGGUUUGAACUCAAUCAGUAGCUUUUCCUUACAUGUUUAAAAAUAAUGCCAGUGACAGAUGAGCAGUUCACUUUUCCAAAGUACCCCAAAAGGCCAAAUUAAAAAAGAAACAUAUUCACCAGGCAA